AUGGCGGCAGUUUCGGAUGGAAAUGGAAAGUCGUUAGAAGAAGUUGAUUAUGAUUUGCAAAGACAUCUGACAGGUGUGAACACACGUACGCCUGACCUUUCUACUCUAGCACAAAAGGGAGAUGAAAAAGUGAGGAUAAGGCGCUCAUAGUUUUAUUUUCGUCGGUGAAACAGCUUAUAUCUGUGUGUGAUUAGAUCUUUGAUGUGCAGAAUUUUCUUACGAAUUGACUUAAAUCUACUUGUUUUAUUUUUUAUCCUUGUACUUUUGUAAAAGCUUGUCGAACAGUUUAUGACUGAAGAUGUUCAAAUCGGUGGAGGAGCGAAUGAAAAACUUCAAAGUCAGCUGUAUAUUGGUAAAUAUGCAUUUUUGUGGCUAGCCUACAUGUAUUUCCGAAUUCUUGCGCACUGCCAGUCCUCUUUAGUAAGCGCUGUCCCACAGAGAAUUGGAUAAUAAAUAGGUAGCAGUAAUUAGUUUUCUGAUAAAAUCGAUGACUUGAUUAGUAAAUUUUAUUGUUCAUUAUUCUUUACAUCUUAACAUCCGUGAGUAAUGAAUUUGUUUAUCUUUACUGCCAAGGCCCAAAAAUUUCAUUAGCCCUCUAACUCCCACAAGUGACCAAAACAAAAUUUCUCCUUAAAAUAUCAGGCAGACAAGUGAUGAUAAUGAAGAAAAACAUCAACUAUGUGAUUAUUGCAUGUAGUUAAUGCAAUACCAAAUUCUCUGAAUGGACAAAGAAUUGUAUGCAGACAGUAGGGGGAAUUGCACAAAUGGACUGAAGCAGAGAAUUGGAGCUUGGAAUGUUGAUUUGUGUGAUUGGAGAAAAGUUUGAGAACCUAGAAUAAAGCCAAUAAAAAAUUCAACUCAGUUGUGACACCAGCAUGGUGCAUCCUGAAUACAAUGAAUAGUGUAGAUCCAUGUGCAGGCUGAUGUCUUCAGUGAAAGGCAAACACACUCGCUACCAAGUCAACCUGGAUAAGUGGCAAGGAUUAGAUUAGAUUAUACUUACUCAUACAGGCUUAAACUGGGCGAUUAUUUUGACUGAUAUGGACAAUCUUAACAGUUUUUAUAGAAUGUAAUUAAAUUACAGGUAUCUUGCCUAACUCUGUUUCAUUUCCUCUAAGUAAAGUGUAGUUGGCUGAUAGAUGUACAUGUAAGCAAUAAAAAUAAAAUUUGACAUACAUGUAAAAAUUCUUAAAACACAAGCCUCUGAUCCUACCUUGCAGUUCCUCCCUCUUUUACAAUAACUCCUUCUUAUGCAUUGAGUUUAGUUGAAACAUCAUGAAGUGGUAUUGAAACAUUCCUGUCUCAGUGUUGUUCUCCAUGUUUAAAACUUGUAACAACAGUGUGCUUCAACUUAUAGUUUGUAAUUAUAAGAUUAAAUAAAAACUCUCUUUUUUGCAUCAAAAAAUCCUCUUUUCUCUUCCCUCUUCUCUUUUUAUAUUAAUUUUAUUGACAUUACUCUCUUGUUUCCAGCAUGUUUCUGGGGCUUUUAUGAUGUAGUGAAAACUCUCCUCGACAAGGGAGCUGGUAAGUAAUUACUAAGUAUAAUAUCAAAAUUUAUGUUUCUGUAGCUAAUCAUUAUCACCUGAAGAGUCUUUAAUUAAAAUGGACAUGUUUCAGAUGUUAACGCACAGAAUAGGGACACAUUAUGGACCCCACUACAUGCUGCAACAUUCCAAGAGCAUGGAAAGGUAUGCAUUACCCUUUGUAUAGUAUUGUGCUUUACUUGCCACUUAAGCAGAAUUAGGUCCAGUAGCAGAGAGCUAUGAAGCAACUGCUGUAAACCUUAUGUAAACUGAGGGCAAGUGUGAACCCUUUAACCCUCAAGAGUGACUAGCAUCUAAUUUCUCCUUACAAUAUCACCCCCUUGAAUCACAUGUCAAGGUCAUGAGAUUAAAGGAAAUGAUCACCAACUGUAGAAGCUCUUGAUUGUUAAACAAAUUCUCCUUGUCAGCUCCUUAGGAAUUGUAGAGAGAACAGUAUGGAGAAUAUGCGUACUGAUGUUAGGGUGUUAAUGGUGAAAGAGUACCUAUCUACAUGUACAUUUACAUGUACCUAUCCUCCUUGCCAUUUACUGAUAUUUUGUGAUGGCACAUGUACCUAAAACAAUUGUUCCAAUGUCUAAUUUUGAAUGAAAAAAUUUCAGAUUGUGAUGCUACUUUUGGAGAGGAAUGCGCAACCUGAACUCCCAGAUGGUGAAGGAAGGUACAAUUAUGGUUCUCUAAUCAAUACCAAGUCAGCCUAUUUGUGGGCUGUUAAAAUGUCUGCAGCAUUUCACUUUGUUACUAUGAGCCUUUGACCAAUUGUGAACUUGAAGCUGAUUCACACUUCUAAACCUGUUAAAAUUAAAUGGUUUAUUGUGCAUUCAAUUCUACUCAAAACUACAGGAAAUGGCAUGUUUUCUUUUUCUUUCCUUCUUUCACACAUCUAAUUCACACAUCUAAACCUGUUAAAAUUGAAUGGUUUAUUAUGCAUUCAAUUUUACUCAAUACUACAGGAAAUGGCAUGUUUUAUUUUUCUCUCCUUCUUUUUAGGAGUGCAAAAGACUUCGCUUCAGCUUCAGAUAAAGUUUGGCCACAUUUUGCAGGUACAGUACACUAAGUAAACUCUCAAGAACACACACUGUUUUGUUUAAAAGAUAGUUGUUUCUCUUCAAUAUUCAUCUUCUUUUAGUUCUUACUUCCUCUCCCACAAGCAUCAUGCACCUGUACCCUUCCCACCCUCACUACCGGUUUACCAGGCACUCGGAAGACUUUUUGGGGCCAUGCCAAAAUGAUGAAAAUAUAUUUACUUGUCAAACAUUAUCUAGAUUGGAGAGUGCUACUUCAUUCUCUUUUUCGAAUGUUUAGCUCUGAACUGCCCUCGAACAUCAAAACAGGAACUGAUAGAGAAAGGAAUCAUAAAAAAGGUGAGGGAGACAAGAUUCAUGAAAGGAAAUGGUCAUCUAUUUGCAUUUGAUUUAAAUGAUGCUCUAUCAAUUCAAGAGAUACGUCUUCUGUAUGUUACAUGUUUGCUUUGUUCUUUCAAUUAUGGUGGAUUCCUGAACAGAAUGGUGGCUCUCACAUUGGUACAUACCUACACAUUAAGGUUAUGAUACUGCAUGAAAUUGUAAGUUAAGCAAUCAUGCCAGGUACAGAGGAAACAGAGGAUCAGAAUUGUAGAAUGAAAAAAAGCUUCUUGUUUGAAAGUACAGUAAGAAUUGUUGUAAAUUUGAGCUUGGUCACUGAACAGAGAAAUAUGGUAACUCACAAACUUGGUAUGUGUGGGAAAAGGUUAUCUUACACAACCACAGUCACUUUUUUUUUAAUUUAGUUAGAGGAAAGUUCCAGAGGAGGUUCAUCAGGAAGGCCUGGAUCAGGCCCAAAAGCGAGAAUGGUGAAGUGAAAUAAACACAUGAUUUGUCUUGUUUGCUGUAGAUAAUAACAGUUUUUGUCAUUGUGAAUUGAAAAUGAGGCACUGAAUUGGCUUAGAGAAACCAAUCGUCUUAUCCGAAAUUUUGGCUCAGUUUUAAAGGAGCCUUUAGCCCUUUGACUCUCAGAAGUGAUUAAUAUGUAACUUCUCCAUUAAAUAUCCAUACAAUUUCCAGCUAACAGGUGACGGUUGUUUUCUCGAUCUAACACCAAAUUCUCGUAACAAAUUUACAAGGAAAUGUUUGUUAACUCGAUGGGAGAAUUAAUAAUCAGAUCUUGGGAGUUAAAGGGUUAGUCCCCUUUUCAGCUGUCAUUUGCUGUUGGGCUCUCUGUGCAUGAAAAUGGCCAAACGAGAACUGGAAAACCUUACCUAAACACAAUUGAGUAACGUCGUUGGCGCGUGAUUGAAUAUAAUUAUCGUAAAUACAGUUUAGGUACGUGAACGUAAUGACAGUAAUAAUAAUAAUAAUAAUAAUAAUAAUAAUAGUGACAGUCUAGGCUGUGAACAAUACUGGGGCUUUCUGUAAUGUGAAUGUCACUACGGAAAUAUACAAGUUUGUAAAAGCUUGUUGAAUACUAAGUCCAUAGAGAAAGAUAUUUUUUCGUUUUUUCACGAGCGUGGGACAAAGAAGAACUUCUGAGGCCUCAUGAGGAAUCGAACCUCGGACCUUCGUAAUCCGCGCUCUGAUGCUCCACCACUGAGCCACAGAGACUCUAUGGUGAUCAAGGCCCAGUUCGAAGUUUAAAUAUGACACGCGUCUUGCAUACAGCUAGGAUCAGCAAUGUCGUUAGCGUCGUGUUUUGUAAAAAUAAGAAAGAUGGUAAGUUUUGAGCUCGUUAUUGUCAUGUUUCGGAAAUAGCAGGGCGUGAAAUUGCGCCUAAUACAGGCGCCAAUGCGACUAAAUUUUUCACUUUGGCGACCAAAUCCUGAAAGUUAGUCACCAAAUUGGCGACUACAACGUUUCAUCAUAACCUUACUAAGAGAUAUAGUGAAUUAAAUAAAUUUGCAAAGAUAAAUCCGCGGCAAACUUCCUCAUUAAGUUUGUUUCCAAAACGUAGCACAUGCAUCUCGAUCGAUAACUAGACGCCAUCUUGGAUUUAGAUGAGCCUGAACGUUGUAUAUCAUACAUCCUAGUGUCCACUUUGUAGCACGUUAAAGAUCUUUUCCCUAACUUAAUUUUGGAGGGUCUAUCUAGAACGCUGACAGCGUAAAGAAAGAUUUUGUUUGUCUUUGAAAAUGGCGACCAACUUUUUUUGAAUUGGCUACCACUUUGAAGAAUUUAGGAGCCAAGUGGCUAUCAGAAAAAAAAGUUCACGCCCUGAAUCAAAUAAGAAAUAUGGUAAGUUUUGAGCUCGUUAGUGUCAUGUUUUGGAAAUAGAAUAAGAAAGUUACCAAGUUUUGAGUAAGUUUUUUCUCAAAACUUGCCAUAUUUCUUAUUCUGUUCACAAACUAAGUUCAUGUUUGUAUAACCUCUCAUGACCCAGUUUUAUAUUUAUUUUUUCGAGCCGAUUCCUUUACCUUUUGCUUGUACGGACUAUUGAUCAAAAAAUAUUCUCCAUUUUUUAGGCUGCGUUUUCUCGACCAGGGUCAGCAUAUGUAUUGCAAUCAAAUCCCUUUGCGAAGAAACAUGUGAAUCAACAAAGCUCUGAUUUUCCUCUUGGUAAGACCAUGUUCUAAUUGUAACUAUAUGACGGUUGUUAGCCUAUGUUGGGAUGAAACUUGCAGUCAGGUUAAUGGAAUGUCUAAUGCAGUCUUCCUGUAAAGGUUCUGAGUGUGCUUCGUAACUCUAAGAGAGUCUGAACUUUCUUCAUCUUGAAAGUCUUACGUUAUCUCUUUGUUGACAGGCGGUCCCGUUGAUGGCGAUAUCUUGGCAGAAACGAACAAGCCAGGUCAAGUUGAACAUGACAACAAGCCAGCAUUUUCUGUUUGGCGAACGUGAAUUACUUUUAGUACUUUUAAUUCCAUUUUUCCCGAUGUUGUUGUAAAGUUUUAGGGUGAAAUUUACUCCAAUGAAUCGUUACUGACUGGCGGUAACCCUUGAAAGUUAUCCUUCCGACAGAAGUUGUGUAUGUCCAAAAAAUGGUUAUGCAUACUGCAAUAUUGAAUUUUUUAUAACUUUGAGAAUUGUUGCCAAUAAUUUUUUGUACAACGUAAAAGAGCAUAAAAAUUGUGUUUCAUGAAAUCAUACGUUUCUCGUUUUCUGUCGUUCAAAUUGUUUUCUGCGCCUCCACCAGUAAUUUUGUUUUAUGAUCUCUACGGAUAAAAAC